AUGGCUGUGCCGCUGCUACUGCAGCUCUUGGGGGCCCUGGCGACCCUGCUGGCGCCCUCCACUGCCCGACCUGUGGCCGCCAACGCCAGCGCCGCCCCGUCGGUGGUGGAGGUGAGGGUGGGGGUGCUGCUGCCGGAGCACAUGCCGUACCCCUGGGCCUACCCCUGGGCCCGGCCGCGCGUCGGCCCCGCCCUGAGCCUGGCCCUGGAGGCGCUGGAGCCCCAGCUGCGCCACGCCGGCCUCGCCCUCCGCACCACCUUCGCCUCCACCGAGAACAAGAACGGCGACUGCGACUACGACGUGGCCUUCCGGAAGACCAUAGAUCUGCAGAGCUCCCACGACCCCGACGUGCUGCUCGGGCUGGCCUGCUCCAUAAGCUCCUCACUGGCGGCGUUAGCCCGGCACUGGCGGCUGCCGCUCCUCAGAGCCGGGGACUCUUGGAGUCAUACGAGCCGAGCUUCCGGCAACACGACGGUGUACGCCGGCCCAGCGAGGCCCGCAGACCGCAGAGCCUUCGAGGAGCAGCUGCUCCGGCACUUCAACUGGACCUGCCCUCCCGUCUUUGCCGUCGGUCCCGGGAGCGACUGGAGACACCAUUACUCCUGGUUGACCUUUGAACAGCAUUCAUGGGUCGCUCCCACCCUCACUGACCGCAUGUACCGCUAUGAGAAGCGGGUCGACGAGGCUGUCCGGUUCAUCCGGGCCAACGGGCGAGUGGUCUACAUCUUGGGAUCACCAGAGACGUUGCAGGAGAUCAUGCGCUUGGUGCAGGCUCAGAACAUGGCCAAUGGUGACUACGUCUUCAUCCACCUGGACAUUUUGGGGAGAAGCCUGAGAGCGGAGGGGCAUCGCGAGGCAGCCAAGCCCUGGCAGAGCAAGGAGAGCCGAGAUGUGGGAGGCCUCCGAGAGGCCUUCCAGACGGUGCUGGUGGUCACUUACCAUGGGAUCCAAACCCCCGAAUACCAGCAAUUUCAGAGCCGGGUGAUCCUGCGUGCCCAGAGAGACUUUGGUGUGGCCCUGAAUGACUCGCUGGGGACCCUGGUGGCCGGCUGCUUCCACGACGUGCUGCUGCUGUAUCUCAGGGCGCUGAAUGAGACGCUGCGUGAAGGUGGAACCAAGCGGGAUACCAGCCGCAUCCUGGAAAAGAUGAGGGGCCUCAAAAUCCAGGGUGUCACUGGGACAGUGAGCAUCAACAGCGACAAUGACCGAGAGAUGGAUUUCGACCUGUGGGCCAUGAGGGAUGUGGAGAGCGGAGAAUACCAGGUGGUGGCUCAUUAUGUGGGCUCAGAAAAGCAGAUAAAGUGGCUGGGGCCCAUCCACUGGAAGAAGGGGGGCCCUCCUCUGGACAACCCACCCUGUGCCUUCGACAUGGAUGACCCCUCCCGUGGUACAGAAUUCAUCUGGAAAGGAGUGACGGAGUUCAAGAGUUAAUCUUUCCUGGAGAGAA